ACAAAUAAACAGGCUUGACUUCGAAAUUAGAAUCCAAAAAGUUUGAAGAAGCUGUAACCAACAUUUAAGCAUGAUGAAUGGAACGCUUGGACCAACAAUUGAAGCCAACCACACACGCAUGUAUAACAACACCACAAGCACAACAGCUGAUGAAAUUCAAGGUAUGCUUGGACCAACAAUUGAGGCCAACCAUACACACAUGUAUAACAACACCACAAGCACAACAGCUGAUGAAAUUCAAGGUAUGCUUGGACCAACAAUUGAGGCCAACCAUACACACAUGUAUAACAACACCAAGAGCGCAACAGCUGACGAAAUUCAAGAACUAUGGGCAAUUAUGUACAAAACAAGUACUACUGCAUCGUGAAAGCAUUUUUGUUGACAUUAUUUUUGUUAUCGUCAGUGUUUGGGUUGAUAGGUAUUGCCAUAGAGCGUUACAUAGCUAUAGUGUUUCCACUGCGUUACGUUAGCCUGAUGACCGCAAAAAAUGCAAAGAUCAUUAUUGUAAGCAUAUGGGUGUAUGUACUGUCAAUGAUGCUUGUAAUAUUCAUAAAUGAUUUAAAUGUGUAUGAAACUGGGCAACAAUGUAUAAAUGAUAAUGUCAUCGAGCAAUCUUACUACUUGUUUAUCAAACUGAACAUUUUUGUCCCAAUUCUUAUAAUUUUUGUUGUUUAUUCGAAGAUCACUUGGGUUGCAUACAAGCAUCGAGCCCAGAUAAUAAAUGAAUUAGCCAGCAUUGACAAUGCUAAAGCUGUCGCAUACAAAAAUGAGCACUCGAUUAUGAAAGCCACUAUCAUUGUCAAUGUUGUUUUUAUGAUUAUGUAUGGACAAUUUCUGUAUAUAUCAUCACUUAAGCUGAGCACUGAAUGGUACGAGACAUUGAGGUAUCACUCAGGUGAAAUCUUGACAUUAAAUAGUGGAGUGAACCCCUGGAUUUAUGCACUCCGUGACAGAAAAUUUAAGAAUGCCCUGCUGGCUGCUCUCAAGCUGAAACGAAAUGGGGCUUCGAUAGAAUAUAAUUAAGUAUGAUUUAAUAUAGGACCCUUAAGGUACUGGUAGAACAAAAAUAUUUUUGAAAAAAUUGCUAUUCUUGUUAUUUUUCUGGUACAAAAUAAAGUAUGAAGGCAUGUGUCUUCUUUUAGUAAACCUGGUAAGAGGUCCAGGCCCGUAGCCAGGAUUUGUUA